AUGCCGGAGACCGAGACAUUCACGAUUGUCCCCCGCCUCGACCGCCCGUCGACCUACAAGGACCACCAAUACCAGGGCACCCAGUCGCAGUGGCAAACCGAUCUGCAAAAGUCGUCGACCCUGUACGUCGGCAACCUCUCGUUCUACACCACGGAGGAGCAGCUUUAUGAGAUAUUUUCCAAGGCGGGCGAGGUGAAGCGCAUCAUCAUGGGCUUGGACCGGCACCAGAAGACGCCGUGCGGGUUCUGCUUUGUCGAGUACUACACUCACGAGAGCGCGCUCGAGUGCAUGAAGUACGUGAACGGAACCAAGCUCGACGACCGGGUUAUCCGGACGGAUUUGGAUCCCGGAUUCAAGGAAGGAAGGCAGUUUGGACGCGGCAAGUCGGGCGGCCAGGUGAGAGACGAGUACCGGCAGGAGUAUGACGAGGGGAGAGGUGGGUGGGGCCAUAUUCGAGCCAAGCAGGAGGGCGAUGCGUCGAGCCAGCAGGAUGACGAUAUGGCCGACACACCGCAAGACUAG